AUAUGGGUAUCAAAUACUUUACCAUUAUGUUUAUAUUUAUCAUUUUGUUUUUAUUGGUUUUAUGUUUUUCUAUAUGGAUAUAACCAGUUACUUUACAAUUAUGUUUUUAUGUUUUUCUAUAUGGAAAAUUACCAGCAUGCAUUGCAGGGGUAGGAACAAAAGACCUACAGUCCCGCGAAUGAGAUCACCAUGUUUUUCUAUAUGAUAUGAACCAUAUGUUUCUUCAUGUUACAAACCCUUGGGAAUAGGAUUGCGUGCGAAGACAGGCUUAAAUACUGUGGUACAGUGAAAAGAUUUUGUCUGGUUAAUAAAAGUCUAUCUUUUGAAAAUGAAACCUACGGCUUGAGUAUUUUAUUCUUAAAGAACCCAAAAAAGAAAACCACAACACUACCAUUAGUUUUAGUGGUCGUAGACAAAAGAGCUCAAAGAUGAGAAUUUUAUGUGCCCUAUUAUUAAUAAAUGUAAAUUAUGUCUAAUAAGGGUUUGGUGAGUAAUGCUUUAUGUGAAUGUAUCUACACUGUGUUGUAUGUGUGAGGGCUAAGUGUGCAAUUACAGCUCAUGUGAAAUUUCACUUCCAUAUUUCUCUCCCUCACAGAGGAACUAAGUGUGCUUGUCACAUUUAGCAGUUAUAUAUCUGCCAGAAACACUGAAACACACAGAUGCUUAUUAAAAGCUACAGAAGGUUUUUAAGAAAGAUAAAGAAGAACAAAAUCUACAAAUAACAUAGAAGAUGAUUGAAUACAAGAGAAGGAUGAAGAUCAUCUUGACUUUCACACUGCUGAUGAUUCCUGGUGCUCUGAGCCUUAGUGUGAUGGGACAUCCAGGGGGCAAAGUCACCAUCACAUGUGAAUAUGACCAAAAAUACACAACAAAUCAAAAGUAUUUUUGUAAAGGUCCGAAGCCUUCUAUGUGGUCUGGGCAGUGUAUUGAUUGUAUCAGGACUGAUAUUAAAGGGAGAUGGAGUCAGGAUGGAAGAUUCUCUCUGUAUGAUGACACACAAGCAUCAGUCUUUAUUGUUACCAUCACUAAUUUGUAUACAUACGAUUCAGGAAUAUAUCAGUGUGGAGUUCAUCAUUUUAUCUUUGAGGAUUCUUACACAGAAGUGAGGCUGACUGUUACAAAAGAUAAACCGGUACCAGAUCGCUUCAGACCAGGACCACAUCGUUUCGGACCAAUUCCAGAUUAUUUAGGGCCGGUAACAUCAGAACCUCCUGUAACAAGAUCAGGCUUUCCAUACAUCACAGUUUUGGCUGUGUUGCUGGUUGUUGCUGCGCUGCUGGUGCUGUUGAUGAUUCUCUGUAAUAAAUUUCAGGAUUCUGUCAAAAAAUGUUGUGAUAGGCAAACAAAUAAUAAGGGAUAAAGACAAAGAAGAUAAUACUGCAAUUACCCACAAUCCUUUCAGAUGCUACAUUUAUUCAAAUGUUUAAUAGCACACAAGCUCUCAUGUUUCUUGCAAUACACAGAGCUUAACACACACAACUAUUGUGUCUGUUGUAAUGAUAUAUAAACAAUUUUGAACAUCUUUACAGUCAUUUAUAAACCAUUCACUAACUGCUUAUUGUAUCAAUAUAUGAAAAAUCGAAUAGUAUAGGGCAACACAUAUAUGUGUGUGAUGUACAGUUGUGUUAAAAAAAACAUCAGUAACCUGAUAAACCACUAUUAUUAGUAGUAGUAAUAUUUUUGCAUUGCAAAUGAUUUACUAGAAAAACAAUAAACCCAUUGGUAAUGAUAAACACACUAAGUCUUCUGAGUUAUGGACUCAUUUAUUACAAGUGGUGUGAUCAAAAUAAAAGCAGUGCGAAGUUUAAUUAGAAAAUUUGUUGAUUCUGUGAACAAACAAGCUCCUUUUUGUCAUUUAUUAAGAAAGAGGGGAAGCAAAUGUUUCGCCCAUUGGUAUAAAAUAUAUCUGUUGCUGAAUUUCCAAGUAAAAUGGACCAUUCCAUCAUCGCUCAGAGGAACAACACAAUUUGAUUUAAAAUUUGAUUUGA